CCACAGCAGAACAUGUUCAUGUUUUAAAACAACUCACUAGAAAUAUAAUGUAGUCCCUGUACAGUUGGUAUAACGUCACCAAAGCUAUACAGCUAAUUAAAACAGUUUUCAAAAUUAUUGCAAUAUGGCUUCCACAGGCAGUGCAUGUACAGAUCCCGGUGGAACAAGUAAUGGACAACAACACAGCACAUCAGCGGGCAAUACCGGCAAUUCAAACUUACCUGCUUCUAAUGAGAAUUGCCAACAGCCGUCGCUAAAUGCAUGGAGCGAUCAGAACGGCCAAAUUAUACAAGUAUGCAUACCAAACUCUCUAAAUACUAGUGUGUCAGCUCAGUGGAUGAAUGGUGUUACUUUACAACUACAGCAACUAAUUUCAGCAGUGGCAAAGUUGAGUUCAACAGUUACAUGGUCAAGAUCAACAGUUGAAGAGUUGAGUACAACAGUUAAGGAAUCAAAAUCAACAGUUAAAGAGUUGCAUUCAAAAGUUACAGAGUCAAGACAAGUAGUUAAAGAAUUGAAUUCAAAAGUGAAACAGUUGAAUUCAACAGUUACAUCGUUAUUUUCAACAGUUAAAAAGUCAAGUUCAACCAUCAAAGACUUUAGUUCAACAGUUACAGAGUUAAGCUCAACAGUUAAAAAGUCGACUUCAACCAUUAAAGACUUUAGUUCAACAGUUACAAAGUUAAGUUCAACAGUUAAGGAGUCAAAUUCAACAGUCAAAGAUUUGAGUUCAAAAGUCCAAAAGGUCUAUAACGAAAUUGGAAGUUUAAAAGCUAGUGUGGAAGAUGUGCAAAACAGAUCUAAGGAAUCGGAUGCUUUUCAGUGCACAUCAAGGAAAGACAAGUUCUCAUUUCAUAGCAUGUUUCAAACAAGUACACCAGAAAACAACUCUGAGCAUAAACCAGUGCCUUCUCAUGAAAAGACUUUUAACAGCGAGUGUGCAUAUAGAUUUGGAGCGAUGCAAUUACUUGCUGAAAACGCCAGUAACCAGUCAUCCCCGAAGAUUUUGAGACCAUCACUGAUUGCAAAUCGCAAGAACUGUGAGCAAAUCAGGAAGAAUAACUCCACGUUAAACGUGGCCGAGUUAUCAAAGUCAUUGGUGCAAUUGUCCAAGGUGCUGUCAGUUCAGUCACCAAAGAUGGUGGUUGAGUCAACCAAGCCGGUGGUUGAGUUGUCCAAGACUGUGGUUGGGUCAACUGAGCCGGUGGGUGAGUUGUCCAAGACAGCAGUUGAGUCAACCAGGCCAGUGGUUGAGUUGUCCAAGACAGUGGUUGAGUCAACCAAGCCGGUGGUUGAGUUGUCCAAGACAGUGAUUGGGUCAAUUAAGCCUGUGGUUGAAAUAUCCAAGAUGGUGGUUGGGUCAACCAGGCCAGUGGUUGAGUUGUCCAAGACAGUGGUUGAGUCAACCAAGCCGGUGGUUGAGUUGUCCAAGACAGUGAUUGGGUCAACCAGGCCAGUGGUUGAAAUAUCAAAGACAGUGGUUCAGUCAACCAAGCCGAUGGUUGAGUUGUCCAAGUCAGUGGUUGGGUCAACCAAGCCGGUGGUUGAGUUGUCCAAGACAGUGAUUGGGUCAACCAAGCCGGUGGUUGAGUUGUCCAAGACAGUGGUUGAGUCAACCAAGCCGAUGGUUGAGUUGUCCAAGUCAGUGGUUGGGUCAACCAGGCCAGUGGUUGAGUUGUCCAAGACAGUGGUCGAGGCAACCAAACCGGUGGUUGAUUCAAGUAAGCUGGUAGUUGAGGUGUCAAAACCUCCGGUCGAUGUAUCAAAACCAGCAGUAGAGGAAGAGACGGAGAAAUCUUCCAGCCAGCAUCCUCAGGUUAAAAUUGUAACAACAGAGCCUGAAUCUAUGCCAAAGGAAUUAGGGAUAGAAAUAAUGGAUGCUAAAAUGAAUAAGGAUUCCGAAGUGAGCCAAGAAAAUGCUGAAAACAAUGUGAAAACAAAUGAAACCAAUGUGGAAAAAACUGAAAGUGUGACGCAGAAAUACAAAUACAAAGAAGACCAGUGGAGUCCGUUGAAUCCAGAAGGAAAGCGUCAAUAUGACAGGGAUUUUCUUCUGCAGAUCCAGUUUACAAAGUUUUGCAUCACAAAACCAAACACACUGGCCGAAAUUAAAGAUGUUUCUCUUGAUAAGCCUUAUCUCAAAGCAAAUGAUUUGGCCAAGACAUUUGAACCAGGAAACACAUUGUCAAAACCAGCAGCAGACGAACACCAAGAGAAAAAUCAGAAUCAGAAUCGUCAAGCACAUCCUGAAGGAAAUGAAGUCAGAGUGAAUCAAGAACAUACUAAAAGUGACAUGGAAUCGCAUGAAACCAAGACUGAAACGACUAAAAGUGUCACACAGAAAUACAAGUACAUGUAUGAAAAAGACCAAUGGAGUCCGUUGAAUCCAGAAGGAAAGCGUCAAUAUGACAGGGAUUUUCUUCUGCAGAUCCAGUUUACAAAGUUUUGCAUCACAAAACCAAACACACUGGCCAAAAUCAAAGAUAUUGUUUUUGACACGCCUUAUCUCAGAGCAAAUGAUUUGGCCAAGACAUUUGAACCAGGAAACACAUUGUCAAAACCAGCAGCAGACGAACACCAAGAGAAAAAUCAGAAUCAGAAUCGUCAAGCACAUCCUGAAGGAAAUGAAGUCAGAGUGAAUCAAGAACAUACUAAAAGUGACAUGGAAUCGCAUGAAACCAAGACUGAAACGACUAAAAGUGUCACACAGAAAUACAAGUACGAAAAAGACCAAUGGAGUCCGUUGAAUCCAGAAGGAAAGCGUCAAUAUGACAGGGAUUUUCUUCUGCAGAUCCAGUUUACAAAGUUUUGCAUCACAAAACCAAACACACUGGCCAAAAUCAAAGAUAUUGUUUUUGACACGCCUUUUUUGACCACACAAAAAUCUCCCAAGAAAAAAAAGAAAAAAAGUUUGUUCUGUUUAACAACGUCACUAGAGCACUCUCCCAAGAACAUUGAAUUAUUACCUGAAGGUGGACCACAGGUGGGUGCUAGUGACGGAAUGAGUGCUCAGUCCAAGCAGGACAGCCUGUCAACAGAGAGUCAUGAGGAGACAGUAAUAAAAUCUGUAUCAAAACGAUCUGAAAAAGUGAAAAAACACAAAGCAGACUUGGCUUGCAAACCUGGUAACGAGGAAGAGAAGAAUAGUAAUGCUGAAACAAACACACAGGUGGGUGCUGGUAACGGAAUGAGUGCUCAGUCCAAGCAGGAAAGCCUGUCAACAGAGAGUUAUCAGGAGAGAGUAACAAAAUCUGUAUCAAAACGAUCCAAAAAAGUGAAAAAACACAAAGCAGACUUGGCUUGCAAACCUAGUAAUGAGAAAGAGAAGAAUAGUAAUGCUGAAACAAACACACAGUAUUCUGUGGGCCAAAGAAUGCCACUGAAAUACAUGUAUACCAUUCCACUGGGAAAACCUCAUCAGUACAAUCUUCAGCAGUACUUUAAUCAGAACUAUCCAAUGCUUUACCAGUCUUUGCCUGUCACUCAUCCGCAGAGAACGCCUUCUACUCCGGGACCAAGUGCAGCACCCACAAAUAAGAUGGAACACGAACCAAUGCAAAUUGUUGAUCCCAACAUGGGACGAGAAGUGACGGAGGAGAUUUUGCAUUUAAAGUCCACCCCUCUGGGUGGGAGUGCACGCAGUACACCUGGUAGUUCUGGGUUACCUGGAAGUGCUGAGUCAAGUCCACCUCCAUCAGUGGACCUUCCUGACAUUGAAACCACACUAUGUCCUGAGUCUGCUCAAAGCUCGAGUUCUCAGAGGCAGGAAUAUGUGACUCGACUGCCAUCUACACCAGGACAAAAGGAAGAACCCACAGAUGAAAAAAUAAUGGUUGAUCUCGACAUUCAGCGACGUAUGCAAGAGUACCUUCUGAGUUUCAGCUCUGAUUAUUAAAGUGAAAGACCCCAGUUUUUAAACAUUCUGGCAUAUUUUUCACUAUUAGAGCAGUUUUUGACAACCGAUAUCCGACAUUGUUUAGAUUAUCCAUUUCGUACAUCUGAAGUGGUUCUGUGUUAGUCUGGUCAAUGUAAUACCAUAAAAUGUGAUUUUCAUAUUUAAACAAAAUGCUUACCCUUGAGAAGUAAUGGUUAUGGAGCAUACUCUUGUCAAAUUUUUUAUGGGUAUUUCCCCGUUUCCAUGUCAAAGACACUUGUUUGACUUUAUUGUAACUUUAUCUAAAUGUGUUACAGCAUUGUCCAUUUAAUGGAUUAGAACUAGGGUUUACGCCUUUAAAAAGAGUACAAAAGUGUUUGAACUGUGAUAUACUUUGUGAUAUACAUUGAACCGCAACAAAGAUUAUCUGAUGUUAUUUUUACAAUUUAUUUAAUUAAGAUCAUUAUCUAUAAUUUCAUCAAUAUACACUAAACUAAGUGCUUGUGUAAGAACAUCAAAUGGCUUAUCAGAUCAUUUUCAUUGUAAUAUCGGCACCCGACAAGGAUGUAUAUUGAGUCCACAAAUGUUCAUUAUUUUUAUAAAUAGGCUUGUAGGAACUAUGAAAGAGUGUGGUGGACAAGGUGUUUUUAUAUCAAAUGAUUGUAAAUCAGUAUGUGCUCUUAUGUUUCUGAUACUCCUUAACAACUACAAAAGAAAAUUAGUGCAUUAGAAGUGUUGUAAUACUACAGGUAUGGCUGUGAAUUUAAGAAAGACCAAGGUCAUUGUUUUUAGAAAUGGAGGACCUCUAAAGAAUUAUGAAAAAUGUUUUAUUAAUAGAAAUAGUAUUGAGGUUGUCUGAUAUUAUAGAUAUUUAGGUAUUAUGUUUACACCAAAACUAAUAUGGACUAAAACCCAAACUUGUCUUGCAGCACGAGGUAAAACAGUAAUGAUGGCAAUAUAUAGGUAUCAAAAGAAAUUUGGUUAUAUUCCUUGUAAAGAUCUAUUUAAGAUAUUUGAUUCUAUGGUAACGUCAAUUUUAUGUUAUGGUUCAGAAAUAUGGGAUACUUGUUACUGUAAAAUUAUUAAAGAUGUUCAGAUUAAAAUGUGUAAAUGGUUUUUAAAAUUAGGGAAAAAUAUCAGUAAUAUUAUGGCUUUAGGUGAAUGUGGUAGAGCUCCUUCACAGCUUAUUUACACUACUAGAGGUAUUAAGUAUUGGUGUAGGCAAUUACAACUGAAUGAAAACAGGCGUCCCUGUCAGUGUUAUAAAAUGCUACAGACACUGGAUGAAGCAGGACGCACCACAUGGGUGCUAUGUUUGGAUAGCUCAGGACGUUGUAGAUAUAAAAUUGUUUAUAGUUAAAUUUAGACAUCAAUUGUUUGAUAAUCUUCAGCAAAAUUGGUGUAGUUUUGUUACUAAUUUAUCUGAUACUUUUAUUAUAAGCGUUAAAUGUAGAACGUCAUCUCACUUAUGAAAUCCCUGUUUAUCUUAAAGUAAUAUAUACAAGAUUUAGAUGUAGUAACUUUAGACUGUUGACCAAAGUAGAUAUAACAACAUAGCCUACACUGAAAGACUCAUGGAUUAAGAUAUAUUGAGGAUGAACUCCAUAUUUUGCUUGUAUGUAAGCGUUAUAAUGUACUAAGAGAUCACCAUAUUUAUAAAUUUAUAAAAAAUCAUUCAUUGCAAACCUUUAUAGAUAUUAUGACAUCAGAAAAUUUGGAUGUAUUAUUCAAUGUAUGUCUUUAUCUUUACAAGUAUUUAAAUAUAUACCUAUAGUAUACUGUACAAACACUACACAUGCGCAGACAUAUAUAACAGUUUCUGACUGUAUUAUGGGCCUAUGACCUUUAUACUGAAUAAAAAUUGUCUUGGUAAUAACUAGUCAACAAUAAAGAUCAAUAUUUCUUUGACACAAUUUCAUUUUCUCAAUUCAUAGAUAAUAGCACAUUUCAUAAUGACUGACAUAGGGGUAACUACCCGGUAAACAUCAAGAAAACAUCUGCUGCCGUAGCGUUGUUUUCUCUCAUUAUCGGUGUGGUCCUUAAAGGCAUAUUUGGGUGUUGUUUAUGCACACACAACUGCCGCGCAUAUAUGAGACAGUACAAUACUCCGGUAGCUUCUUGAAUUGGAAUGACGUCAGUAUUACAAUGACGUCAUUUUGCAUCACCUUAUAAUAACAAUAAACUGGGUGCAUGAUUUCCAUCUUCAAAAUGCCGGAGAAAUUCAAAUACAAAAUUGCUAUUGAAAAUAUUUUUAUGAAAAUUACUAAUGCACCUGAUUGUGUAAAAAGAAAAUCUUAUAAUUAAAAAAAUAUAUAUUAAAAAACAACAACAAAAUAUUGAUUUGAAAUGAGAUUACGAUAAUAUAUAUAUUAUAAUUAUUAUUUAUGGUGUACUAAGUCAAAACAAGGGUGUGAAAAGAGACAUCUAUACUAAACUUGCAAACCGGAGACAUUGAUACAGUCAAUGGAUUGUAGACAUGGGUCCUAAUUGCGAGUGUAACAGAUGGCUACUUGAGUAUUAUGUAAUAUUGGCCUAAAUCAAAUAAAUACACAAUUACACACAGGUUCGAAUGCAUGAUUUUUCUAGGGAGGGGUGCAAUAUUCCCCUUGGUUCCGUGCAUGACAUACAUGUGUGUUAUAAGAUGUUUUCUGGUCUAUUUGUAUUAUUAUUUGCAUUUUAUUAUUGUGAGAAAUGUUGAUAAUUAGAUAAGACAGUAUUAUUGCAUUUUCCAUUACACAAUGUUAAAAUAAAAUAGUAAGGGGUAGGGAUAUGUUUUGAAAUAUUUUUUUUAAAUAGGCCGGUGACCUGUCUUUUUUAUUAUUAUUAUUUUUUUUUUUAUUAAGUAGACAUGCUAAUAAUCUUUAUACAAGAUUUGUGGGAAUUUUUGAGUGGUGAAAAAAAUUAUAUAUGCCAAAAUGUGCUAAUAAAAUAUUAAAUUGUAGUUUAAAUAUAUUGAAAUAACUCCACAUUUUUGUCAAGAACGUACAAACGUUAAUGGAUAUUACGUUGUACCAAAAUAAUUUCUACAAUGCACACAUAUACAUUAAAUUUGACAUGUAUUUCAAUUUAAAAACUGUUUAUUAGGUAUAGAUUAAGGCAGAUUUCAAUUUUAAGGUAUUUGUUCACAAAAUAGGAGAAAAUGACAUGACGUUUGAGAUGUGUAGAAAAAAUUGUAGUCGGGUUACACCCCAAUUGUUUUGCAGAUAUGUGUUUUGAUAUGCUUAUAAACUAAAGAGGUGAAAAAUUUGCACAUUUUGAGUGGUAGAAAUAUUUGUAGCGUAUGCCUUUAACCAUAUGUCUAACGGUUGUAAGGUUAGUCUGAUAGGUUCAGUCCGAUAAUUCAUCAGUUUCCCUUUUGACUCUUUAACAGGCUAUAUAUACUCUUCAAAAAAAGUAGGGAAACCUGAAAUAUUAAUGUUAAUAUCAACUAUUAGACCGAACAUACGUUUUGACCACAGACAUCCUAGUAAAGAACGUUCAGGUCUGUUUAUCAACACACCGAAACACAUUCCAUAGUUUGCACGUGCAUCACGCAUUUGCCCCAUACAUGUGCGUGGGAUGUCAUUCUCGAUUUUGACAAUUUCCAUGAAGGUCCAUUAAUCACUGUGGAACAUUAUUUCUGUCAAUCUUUUUCAUUCUGUUGAUCAUACAGUUGUUAUUGUUUUGUUUUUAGUCAUUUUUA